AUGAAAAACUGUGCUUUUAUCAUUUGGAUUUUUUUCUGGAAUAUCGGCGAAUUCCUUUGGGAAUUCUUCGAGAUGGGUUCGAUCCAUCAUAGUUUGAUGGUUUGGUUGGUCCAAGAUAGUUGGUUCUGGGGAGGCUUAUUGCGCGAUCUCAUAAAUGAUGUGAUUUGGAUUUUGGUUUGCCAUUUAUUGAAAUUUUAUCCGGCGUUUAAAAUAUAUUUGAUAUUUAAAAAGUCCGAAAUAAGAUAUUAA